CAUCUCCAGCCUCUAGCCCAUAAACCCUAAACCCCGCCCCCGUCAUUUCCAUCUUCUUCCUCCACCCCUUCCCAAACCCUAACAAAACCAUAGUUUUCUCUCUCCUCCGAACCCCCAACCCUCAUCAAUGGCGGACGUCGAAAUCUCUCGCUCAGACAAGAAGAAGAAAAAGAGCAAGAGCACCGCCGAGAAAAAUGACACCCCUAAAACGACCGAUUCACACCCAGAAAACGACACCAACAAUACCGAUUUCCUAAUCAAACCACAGAGUUUCACCCCAACAAUCGACACUUCUGAGUGGCCAAUUCUCCUUAAAAACUACGACCGUCUGAAUGUGAGAACUGGGCAUUACACUCCACUUCCAUCUGGGUUUUCUCCCCUGAAACGACCCCUUGCUGAAUACAUCAGGUAUGGUAUUCUUAAUCUAGAUAAGCCUGCUAAUCCUUCUUCCCAUGAAGUUGUUGCUUGGAUUAAGCGCAUUUUGCGGGUAGAGAAAACUGGUCAUUCUGGUACUUUAGAUCCUAAGGUUACUGGGAAUUUAAUUGUUUGUAUUGAAAGAGCUACUCGUUUAGUUAAAUCUCAACAAGGGGCUGGAAAAGAGUAUGUUUGUGUUGCUAGAUUACACUCUGCUGUUCCUGACGUUGCUAAAGUGGCUAGAGCUCUGGAAACUUUAACCGGGGCCGUGUUUCAGAGGCCACCUUUGAUUUCCGCUGUUAAACGGCAGCUUAGAAUUAGGACUAUUUAUGAAAGUAAGCUGCUUGAGUAUGAUGCCGAUAGGCAUUUGGUUGUUUUCUGGAUUAGUUGUGAGGCAGGUACCUAUGUUAGGACACUGUGUGUCCAUUUGGGAUUGUUGUUGGGUGUGGGAGGACAUAUGCAGGAGCUUAGGAGGGUGCGGUCCGGGAUUUUGGGGGAGAAGAGUAAUAUGGUGACAAUGCACGAUGUUAUGGACGCGCAAUGGAUGUAUGAUAAUUACAGGGAUGAGAGUUAUUUAAGGCGGGUUAUUAUGCCUUUGGAGGUUGUUUUGACUAGCUACAAGAGGCUGGUUGUGAAGGAUUCGGCUGUCAAUGCUAUUUGUUACGGAGCGAAAUUGAUGAUUCCUGGAUUGCUUAGGUUUGAAAAUGACAUUGAGGUUGGGGAAGAGAUUGUUUUGAUGACUACUAAGGGUGAAGCUAUUGCUUUGGGGAUUGCUGAGAUGACGACUGCUGUUAUGGCUACUUGUGAUCAUGGGAUAGUUGCCAAGAUUAAGAGGGUGAUCAUGGAUCGGGAUACUUAUCCCAGGAAAUGGGGGCUUGGGCCAAGGGCUUCGAUGAAGAAGAAGCUGAUUGCAGAUGGGAAACUGGAUAAACAUGGUAAACCAAAUGAGCAGACUCCUGUUGAGUGGGCAAGGAAUGUGGUGCUUCCUACUGGUGGAGAUUCGAUGAUUGCUAGCAUUGCUGCUUCAGCUGAACCUGUAAAGGCAGAUGAUGUUGUAGUAGAGGAAAAGAAAGAGAAGAAGCACAAAAGGAAAUUGGAGGAGGUUGAUGCCAGUCCUGCUGCUGAUGGUGUCAAGAAGAUUAAAGUUGAGGAAGAGGAAAUUGUGGAAGUGAAAGAGAAAGUGAAGAAGGUGAAGGAUCAGGAGGUUGAAGUUGAGAAGAAAGAGAAGAAAAAGAAGAAGAAGAAGGAGGUAGAAGAAGUUAUUACUCCUGAUGUAGAGAAGUCUAAGUCUAAAAAGGAUAAGAAAAAAAAGGAUAAAGAGGAAAAGGCUGAUUCGUCAGAUGAGGAGAAAUCCGAGAAGAAGAAAAAAAAGAAGAGCAAGGAUGUUGAAAAUGGUGACGCUGCUGCUGAUACCGAGAAUGAAAGUCGAAGUGAGAAAAAGAAGAAAAAGAAGGAUAAAGAUGCUGAUCAAGAAUAAGAGAAGAUCGUUAUGAAAGAGUAUAGCUAUAAGAAUUGUAUGUUUACUUUUCUUCUCUAGUUAUCUUAAGCUGAGAACUGCCAAAUACACCCUCAAAAGCGCCAAUUUCUGCAACUACAAACAUUGCCACUGACGAAUCGGAGUGCAAGACAGAAAAACUUAUUUAAGCAAGCCAUUGGAUGGUUUUCUUUGAGUAGGAUUAUUUGAUUGCCUUUUGGUCAUGCCUUGUUUCAUUCUCUGCUUUCCUUGUUCCUUCCAACUUUGCUGCAUUAGAAAUUAGAACCACAUGUUGAGAUGACAUUGAGCUUUUCGUUAUUAUGGGGAACAUCUUGCAUUCCUAAUAUGCCAUAUUCUGUUGCUUUAGAAUAUGGAAAAUUGGAAAUGUUCUAUCUUGUUUGCCUUUUACUUUUCAAACAUUAAUACGAAGAGGACAAGGUAAAAAUUGGCAUUCUGA